AUAAGAGAUCCGAUCCACCGCAGGAACAUAUUCAGUUUGACUGCCCAGCAAAUGACAUGCGACACGAAUGGUGAUCUUUUUUCUAGUUCUUCAUUACCAUGAUGCAAGUGCGACAAAAACCCGGUUCAUGGAAGCAACGCUGGGUCAAACGUGUCACUGUGGCUUGCUUCUUCAUGUUUACGAUCGUGUUGUACUGUCUUUCUACACUACAGAUCUACGUCAGUCCACCAGAGCUUCCAGUUCCUCUCUCGUGUGCUGCCCCUCCAGGCCAACACAGCACUCAUUCACCCACAAAUGGCUCACAGCAAAAUAAUACAAUAUGUGUCCCUAAAAUGGACAUCAUGUUCAUGAAGACUCAUAAAACUGCAAGCAGCACCUUCCUCAACAUUCUCUUCCGCUUUGGGGAGAAGCACAAUCUCAAAUUUGCCUUUCCCAAUGGUCGAAAUGACUUCUUCUACCCUUCAUAUUUUCAGCACACGUACGUUCAAGAUUUUAAAUCUGGAAUGUGUUUUAACAUCCUGUGUAACCACAUGCGUUUCAACGCAGCUGAAGUGGCCAAAGUGCUGCCAAGGGACACUUUAUACAUUACAAUCUUGAGAGAUCCCGCAGAGCUCUUUGAGUCCUCUUUCCAUUACUUUGGUCACCUCAUUCCUCUGACCUGGAGUAUACCAGGAAAAGAUAAGAUGGCAGAGUUCCUGCGUGAUCCCAAUCUCUAUUUCAGCCCAAAUGGAUUUAGCUCCUUCUACCUGAAGAACCUGCUCUUCUUUGACUUUGGACAGGACAACAACCUGGAUCCAAGUGACCCCCGUGUCGACAAGAGCAUCGGGCUCAUUGCUGAGCGUUUUCAUUUGGUUAUGCUAAUGGAGCACUUUGAGGAAUCACUCAUAUUGCUCAAGGACAUCCUCUGCUGGGAGAUGGUUGACAUCCUGUUCUUUAAGCUAAACUCUCGUCAGCGAUCCACAAUGUCUAAACUGACCCCACAACUGAGGGCAAAGGCCUUGCAGUGGAAUAGCAUUGACUGGAAGCUUUACAAACACUUUAACGUGACUUUCUGGGAGAAAGUGGAGACUUAUGGAAGAGAGCGUAUGACAGAGGAUGUUGCAGAGCUCAGGAGGAGGAAUGCAGAGAUGGGGAAGAUCUGCAUCGAGGGAGGUCACCCUGUGAUGGCCAAAGACAUUCAUGAGGAAGCCAUGCAGCCAUGGCAACCCAUCGGAGAAAGGUCCAUCAUGGGAUACAAUUUAAAUAAAAAUAUAGACAAAGCCUAUCAGGUGUUGUGCCAAAAGAUGUUACUCCCAGAAAUUCAAUAUCUGACAGACUUGGGGGUUAACCUGUGGGUCACUAAGCUGUGGGGACGCGUGAGGAAUAUCAUUAACUGAUGACAGGAGACACAUGAGACAAAUGGUUGAAUGAGCUGUGAAGGGCAUGGAUGAAAAAUGAAUAUAAGAUAUAAGAUAUAUGUAUGACAUGAAUCUACAACUAAUAAAAAUGCUAUUUAUGUAUUAGAAUCGUUCGGCAUCUUAUAUGAAAUAUGUGUAGCCUUCUUUUUAGAAAGGAUUUAUCGCCGUUUAUUGUUGUUCUGUGUACUCUUCUUUGUUUUAAAAGAGCUGCACAUUCUGCCUUGUUUUGCAUGCUUAAACAAUUGAGUUUCAGUAGAUCCAUUCUAACUUGAUGUAGAGAACAGAAUCCAAAGAAGGUCUUCAACAGCUUUAAAAGCCAUAAAAAAAAAGACAUGUUUUGCAGAAGUUCCAUUCAGGUUAGACUGUAUAACCACUAUGGUGGAAUAUACUGUGGUUAUCAUUCAAUGAUCAAUUCUCCUAUGUUGUCAGGCCACUCAGAAUUGUUGAGGUCAUAUCCCAGCCCAUGUGACCUCAGGUGGCCUUCUCCUUACAUGACUUUGCUUUUCUUUUAUUGUGCUUUGCACUUGACUAUGUGUCACAUGUCAAAGUCACUACAUGACUCAUGAGUUGGAAUGUUUUGUUUAAAAAUGCCUCUAAAUAAAUAUUACACUAUCAAGAAGAAGAAACACCUCUCUUUAACUUUAACUGGAGAAGGAGCAGAGGCAUAUCAUCAGCAUAAAAGUGAAUACAGGCUUUGGAGACAGUUUGUUGAAUGUCAUUUGUAAAUAUAGCAAAAAGGGUAGGACCAAGAAUUGAUGUUCCAACAUCAUGUUAGAAAGGUAAUUUGAGGACCACGUUUCUUGCCCCGCCUUGCCUCCUCCUUCGUCUCCUCCUUUCUCUCCUGCUUCUCUACCUCCAGCAUGCAAUCAGCUCACCUGUGGCAGGAGCCCACCUGCUCCCAAUUCACUCAUCAGCUCAGGCUUUAUAUUUCCUGGUCCUGCAGUUAUUCAUUGCCAGAUUAGAUUAUGAUAGACAACUCUGUGGUAAUGGCAUGGCUCUCCUGUCCUGUCUCGUAACACCGUGACAAUGAUUGACCAUAAAGUCCAAAUUCCCCCCAUCAUGUGUGGCAAGAGUUAAAGCAAUUUUAAUAAUACUUUGCAUCAUUAAGGACAAAGUUGAGCAGUGGUGAGAGAGAGAGAAUUAAUUGUGUGAACAUAACACAUGACAUUAAUGAUGUUUUCGCAACAAUGUGCUGCUGUGUGCAGCUAUUAAAAAUGUACAAUGUAGAUGAAAUUUCCUUUAUUAUAAUGAACUUUUUUUUACACAUCAAAGACUGUUUUCAGGUCUUGCGGAGUACUACUGCAUGUGUGUAAAAAGUCCUAAUAAAUCGCCUCAAGUCA